GGGGCCGGGGCCGGAAGUCACGUGCUGUGACAGUAGCUGGGGUGAGGCCGUCGUCGCCGCACGGGCUGGUUGGGGUUGUGUCUGUGGGAGGCGCCGGGGUGAUGGCGGUGGAGACUCUGUCCCCGGACUGGGAGUUUGACCGCGUUGACGACGGCUCGCAGAAAAUUCAUGCCGAAGUCCAACUUAAGAAUUAUGGGAAAUUUCUUGAGGAGUAUACCUCUCAACUGAGAAGAAUUGAGGACGCUCUGGAUGACUCAAUUGGAGAUGUUUGGGAUUUCAAUCUUGAUCCUAUAGCAUUAAAGCUUUUGCCUUAUGAACAGUCCUCUCUUUUGGAACUCAUAAAGACUGAAAACAAGGUCUUAAACAAAGUCAUCACUGUUUAUGCUGCACUUUGUUGUGAAAUCAAGAAAUUAAAAUAUGAGGCUGAAACUAAAUUUUACAAUGGUCUCUUGUUUUAUGGAGAAGGAGCUACAGAUGCCAGCAUGGUGGAAGGUGAUUGCCAAAUUCAAAUGGGGAGAUUUAUUUCAUUCUUACAGGAACUGUCUUGCUUUGUUAUGAGGUGCUAUGAAGUGGUGAUGAACGUAGUCCACCAGUUGGCUGCCCUCUAUAUCAGUAACAAGAUUGCACCCAAAAUUAUAGAGACAACUGGAGUUCAUUUUCAGACUAUGUAUGAGCACUUGGGAGAACUGCUAACAGUUUUGCUCACCCUGGAUGAAAUUAUUGAUAAUCAUAUCACACUGAAAGACCACUGGACUAUGUACAAAAGGUUACUGAAAUCUGUCCAUCACAAUCCUUCAAAAUUUGGAAUUCAGGAAGAAAAAUUAAAGCCAUUUGAAAAGUUCUUGCUGAAGCUAGAAGGGCAAUUACUGGAUGGAAUGAUAUUCCAGGCCUGUAUAGAACAACAAUUUGAUUCUCUCAAUGGAGGAGUAUCUGUGUCAAAAAAUAGUACUUUUGCUGAGGAAUUUGCACAUAGUAUUCGGUCAAUUUUUGCAAAUGUAGAAGCCAAACUUGGAGAACCUUCUGAAAUUGACCAGAGAGACAAGUAUGUUGGAAUUUGUGGACUCUUUGUAUUGCACUUUCAGAUUUUUCGAACUAUUGAUAAAAAGUUUUAUAAGUCUUUAUUGGACAUUUGUAAGAAGGUACCAGCCAUCACUCUAACUGCUAAUAUUAUUUGGUUUCCUGAUAAUUUUCUGAUCCAGAAAAUACCAGCAGCUGCCAAACUGCUAGACAGAAAAAGUCUUCAAGCCAUUAAAAUACACAGGGAUACUUUUCUACAACAGAAAGCUCAAUCACUUACCAAAGAUGUACAGUCUUACUACGUCUUUGUGAGCUCAUGGAUGAUGAAAAUGGAAUCUAUUUUGUCUAAAGAGCAGAGAAUGGAUAAAUUUGCUGAAGAUCUCACCAAUAGAUGUAAUGUUUUUAUACAGGGCUUCUUGUAUGCAUAUAGUAUUAGUACCAUUAUUAAAACCACAAUGAAUCUCUACAUGUCCAUGCAAAAGCCAAUGACCAAAACCUCAGUUAAGGCAUUGUGCAGGCUUGUUGAACUUCUCAAGGCAAUAGAGCAUAUGUUCUACAGGAGAAGCAUGGUUGUGGCUGAUUCAGUUUCACAUAUAACACAACACCUUCAACAUCAGGCUCUUCAUUCUAUUUCUGUGGCCAAGAAAAGAGUGAUUUCUGACAAAAAAUACAGUGAACAGCGUCUUGAUGUGCUCUCUGCUCUAGUUUUGGCUGAAAACACUCUAAAUGGACCAAGCACAAAGCAACGGCGACUUAUUGUUUCUUUGGCACUAAGUGUUGGCACACAAAUGAAAACAUUUAAAGAUGAAGAACUCUUUCCACUUCAAGUAGUCAUGAAAAAACUGGAUCUUAUUAGUGAACUUAGAGAACGAGUCCAAACACAAUGUGACUGUUGUUUUUUAUACUGGCAUCGAGCUGUCUUCCCAAUUUAUUUAGAUGAUGUAUAUGAAAAUGCUGUUGAUGCAGCCAGAUUACAUUACAUGUUCAGUGCUUUGCGCGACUGUGUACCUGCUAUGAUGCAUGCAAGGCAUUUAGAGUCCUAUGAGAUACUUCUGGAUUGCUAUGACAAGGAAAUUAUGGAAAUUUUAAAUGAGCAUUUGCUGGACAAAUUAUGCAAAGAAAUAGAGAAAGAUCUGCGACUUUCUGUGCAUACUCAUUUAAAGCUGGAUGACCGAAACCCUUUCAAAGUUGGCAUGAAAGACCUGGCUCUUUUUUUCUCUCUGAAUCCAAUUCGGUUUUUCAAUCGUUUCAUUGACAUUCGGGCUUACGUAACUCACUACCUAGACAAGACUUUCUACAAUCUAACAACAGUAGCCCUUCAUGACUGGGCCACUUAUAGUGAGAUGAGAAACUUAGCUACUCAGCGUUAUGGACUGGUUAUGACAGAGGCACAUCUUCCCAGUCAGACUUUGGAACAGGGCCUUGAUGUUUUAGAAAUUAUGAGAAACAUUCAUAUAUUUGUGUCCCGAUACCUCUAUAAUCUCAACAAUCAGAUUUUUAUUGAACGAACAAGCAAUAACAAGCAUUUGAAUACUAUUAAUAUUCGGCAUAUUGCUAAUUCAAUUCGAACACAUGGCACGGGAAUUAUGAAUACAACUGUUAAUUUCACCUACCAGUUUUUGAAAAAGAAGUUCUAUAUAUUUAGCCAAUUUAUGUAUGAUGAACACAUCAAAUCCAGAUUGAUUAAAGAUAUUCGAUUUUUCAGGGAAAUUAAGGACCAAAAUGAUCAUAAGUAUCCUUUUGAUAGAGCAGAAAAAUUCAAUCGAGGCAUCAGAAAACUUGGAAUAACACCUGAGGGACAGAGCUACCUUGAUCAAUUCAGGCAACUCAUCAGCCAAAUUGGUAAUGCUAUGGGCUAUGUACGAAUGAUAAGAUCUGGUGGUCUUCAUUGUAGCAGCAAUGCCAUUAGAUUUGUUCCUGAUCUUGAAGAUAUUGUAAAUUUUGAAGAACUAGUAAAAGAAGAAGGUCUUGCAGAAGAAACGUUAAAAGCAGCAAGGCAUUUGGAUUCAGUCCUCAGUGAUCACACACGAAAUUCUGCCGAAGGCACAGAAUAUUUCAAAAUGCUUGUGGACGUUUUUGCUCCAGAAUUUCGAAGGCCAAAGAAUAUACAUCUCCGAAAUUUCUAUAUAAUUGUUCCCCCUCUGACCCUCAACUUUGUAGAGCAUUCCAUUAGUUGCAAGGAAAAAUUAAAUAAAAAAAAUAAAAUUGGAGCUGCCUUUACUGAUGAUGGCUUUGCCAUGGGUGUGGCUUACAUUCUAAAGCUUUUGGAUCAGUACCGGGAGUUUGACUCACUUCACUGGUUCCAGUCUGUUAGAGAGAAAUACCUGAAGGAGAUAAGAGCAGUUGCUAAGCAACAGAAUGUACAGUCAGCCAGUCAAGAUGAAAAACUCUUACAAACCAUGAAUCUCACUCAGAAGCGACUGGAUGUCUAUCUACAGGAAUUUGAAUUGCUGUAUUUCUCACUGAGCAGUGCAAGAAUUUUCUUCAGAGCAGACAAGACUGCGGCUGAAGAAAACCAAGAAAAGAAAGAGAAGGAAGCUGGAGGAACUGGCGUGAGGGGAGCGGGCCUUUCUUAGACCAGGAAUAUCAAGAUUCCUCAGGACAAAGGAGCCCAUGUGGUUUGAAGCCCCACCCCAAUACAGGUUCUGAGCUCCCUCAACUCCACCUUCAUUAAAAACCAGUGGAAACAAUUGCAGUGUUUAGCCUAGAUUUUUAAAAAUUUUAAAGUGUAAACAAGGUAUAAUUUGUGAUGUUAGAGAAACAUUUGAUGGAUGCAACUGUAAUUUGAAGUUUGGCAAUACAGCUCUUCUCAAAUUUCUUUUACUUCUUAAUUUAUUGUUUAAAAAUGAACAUAAAUAUCCAUUAUUAUUUUCACUCAUGCUUUCAGAAGAAACUAAAACAAGCAAUGGAGACCUGUCUGACAGCACUGUGUCUGCUGAUCCUGUUGUGAAAUGAUAUGGAUGGUAUUCACUGCACAUAUGAUGAAAUCGUCAGAAUUGUUAAAACUUUUGCCAGUGGAAUGGAUAAAUUAUUGAUGAAUUGUUUCCUGGGUCACAUCUCUGGAAAACAGAUGUUACAAUUCUUAAAGGCAGUGCUUUAAAGUGAAGUUCAUUCUGUUUCCAAAGGCUCUACUUUCAAAGGUUAAGAAUGAGAUUUUAAAAUUGGAUUUUUGCCUGGACUUGAGGGUAGAAGAUGUUUCUAUUUGAAGUGAAGUUAUAAAAGGGCAAAUCCAGAUUCAUAAACUAUCACCUCGGAUUUCUUGUAAUCUACAUGUUUGUAAUUUGUAUUUGCAUAGAUCUUUGAUCUAUAGUUAUUUCAAGUCAUGGGAAAUUCAAUGCAUAUACUAUAUACAGCCAGUAAAUACAUGCUUAACAAAAGGAAUGAGCCUGAAGUUCAUAAAGAAUACAUAUCAAUAUUCUUAUAAAAGGAAUAUAUGAAGAUGGCUUUGAUACUAGAGGUGAGGCACAAGUGUUUUAUGUACUCUCAGUGUACAGUAUAACUGAUGAUCCUUCUUUCAUUGUUAAUUUCAUGUGACUCACAAGAGCUGCUGAUGUCUUUGAUGAGACAUUUUAUAACUAGUUUACAUUGCUUUGAGAACAUUUAACCUCCAACAGCUGCUUUAAAUUUAAGAUUUACUUAAUACUCAGAAAAUUCAGAUAAAGCCAUAGAGUCCUGUUUGAAGCUUCACUUCUAUUUUGGUUGAAGGCUUGAUGUAUGAUGUCAGAAAAAAAAUUGAAUGAAUUAUUUCUACAUCCAAACUCAGGUUUCUUCUACAUUAGAUUGAAUUGAAAUUUUGGUGAUGGUUUGGGUAGACUUUUUUUUUAUAUCAAGUAUAAUUUAAAACAUCAGAUUAAAUAAUUACACUGUUCAGGCUUUUAAAAAAAUACCACUGUGAGAAUAAAGCGCUAGUAAGAUACAUCACUUACUGAUUUUAAAAGUACAGAAAGAUUUUGAGUAAAUUUUGUGCCCAGCAAGCUGUUAGUUUUAUUUUUGUAAAGGUAUGUAAGUUAUUAAAUGGUUAAUCAUGGCCUUUUAAAAAUAAAAUAAAGUGAUACCUUUACAAUGAAGACAAAAGUUUAAAACUUUCUAAUACAAACACCAUUUUGGGAAAUGCUUGAUUUUUUUCUAUUGCAUUUGUCUGCUAAACAUUUCUUUGGAUAAAUCCUGCAAAUACUUCUAACAUUAUUCUUUGAUUCCAGCUUUUAGAAUGGGUGUACAAUGCCCUGUUUGUACUUACUGGUUAGGGUCAGGGUAACUUGCCAGCCCAAGAUAAAUACUUUAAUUGUUAAAAGUCAGAAGAGACAGAAUAUGUAGGAAAUGUUUGUUUAUUAUGUAAACAUGGCUUACAGAAUUAUGAACAGUGGAUAGAUUAAAGGCAUUUAAUAUUUGUAAUUCAUAAUAACUGUAGAAAUGGCCCUAAAGCAUGCUGCAUAAUUAAUAAUUUAUAUUUUCAUUAUUAUGUGUUUAUAUUAAUGAUCUUGCAUUUGAUUAUAUCAAAUUCGUCAUUUCAUAGCAACAGUAUUGUUUUCUCUGUUUUUCUUCUCUAACUUCUCUGAAAUCAUCUCCUAUUAAGGGAUAGAAAUUGUUACUAGAAGAGAAUCACAUGUUCUCUGUUCAUUAUCCCUACAUGUGUAAAUUAAUUAUUUUAUCAAUACUAGAUAGAGUUCACAUGCUGACUCCCUGGAUACCUACAGUUGAGAAGAAAAUGACAGACAAUUAUUUUUCCUUUAGGUCAAAAUAAUGUCACUGCUAUCUGGAUAAAUUAUAAGUUCAUAUAUUUGAAAUAAGAUCCUGGAAACGAAUUUAAAUGGUGUCAAACUGCAGAGCAACAGGGCUUCAGUAUAUUCACAUCUAAUAGGUUAAUAUGUACAUUUGGAUGAUGAUUUUUCUUGAUAACAUUAACAUUAAUUUUAUUUUUUCAGACAUACUGUAAUUUAAAAAUUAAUGUGAGCGUUUGUUUUAAGUUCACAGAAAACUUAAUAAUUCAAAUUCUCAGGAAUUAAGGACUCACCAUAACAUUGUCAGUUCUAAUGAAAUUUUGUAAAAGAUGGCAAGUUUGUUACCUCACUUGAGUGGGGUUUUCCUUUUCCCCCAAUUCUAAGAGAAUAUAAUGUGUAUACUAAAACAUUAAUAAACAUAAUUUUGAAAAUUUC